CGCAAUAGCCAUCCAAGUCUGCCCGAUUACUAGGUGCUGGGUAUUGCGACGCGCCCAGGUUCCCACGACGGCGGUCCUUUGGCUUGCCGCCUUGUCGCUGGUGAUCAGAUGAACGGGGGAGAGUCGGGUACACGCGAAGUCACCAAAGACUUGCGCUCUGGUCCUACCUUGGCCCCGCCGGGGGGUAGACAGCAGCCUUGCCCGCCGUCGCGAUCUCCCUAUGGCGCUGCAACAGCUCGAUCGAGCCGACAGGCUCUAGGUACCGUGUUCCUGCUUUGGUACCUUGGAGUACCCGUCCCGGGCGCGCCCGCCAACCCCAGGUACCUUCGCGCACCGUUUUCUGCAAGCACUUACACGGGCUUGCUUCUGGUCCGCCAACCGCGAGUGUGGCUGUCUCUUGGGUCGCUCGACAGUAGGUUUGCCCGUCAGCGCUCUGGCACUCAGGCUCUCUGGCACUCAGGAUCUCUGGUCCUCGCCCCUCCACCCUCCACCCCUCGCCCUCGCCUGUUUCUCCAGAUGCAUCACUUGACAGCAAGAGUGGUCGACAACCGCUCCAGGCCCAUCUCAUGAGGCAGGUGCCGCUGUUGGCGUGGUCUCCGUACUGGUAGCACCCCAUAACUCGCUUAUCGUCAUGCUGUUCUCCGGCUGCAUGGUAGGGCUCGUUUCAUAUUUUAAUCUCCAUCCGGCCUGUUGUUUUGUAUCCUUCCAUGCGUUUUCCAGGCAUUCCUCUCUUUGGACAGUCGGCUUUUCCAGCCUCCUCUUUGGGUUAAUCCGCCCAGGAUUCUCGAAUUUGAUAAUUUGUUCUACCAGUAACCC